UUUUGACAUAUGGGCGAAAUUCGUCUGACCGUGCAGGCAAUAUUGGACCAAACGUCGGGCGCUCUUAGCAGCCAAAGGAUUAAGAUUCUCGACAAAAGCAUUUAAAUUAAAUCCCCGUCAUUAAAUCAAAAUUCGGUCUUUGCCGGUUGGAUAUCGGACUAACCGUGAACCCUAUUAAAAAAGGUUGAAGAAAUGGAAUUUUUUCCCGGUAAAAAUGACCGAAAGGUGCAUUCGUCCCGUUCAAGUCCCACAGGAACUUAAGUGCACCUAACGGAGACGGAUACAUGCACACAGCCGCUCAGGCGUGCGUGUGCGUGCACGUAUCUGCGUCCUCGUGGCAGAGUGAGAGUGCCAUAUAUAUAGCGAGGAGGGGAAACUCCGCUCGGCACUCCAAAGUACACAGCCUCCGCGUUUGCAGUGGUGGUGCCUUCCUUCUUCCACCUCCUCUUAAUCGUCUCUUCUCGUCCGCUUCCGGCCCAGGGACCACUUCCGCCCCAGAGGACCCGACUUCGCCCUGACCCCAGAAGCGCAUUACACCAUGAAACUUACGCUCUUCACAGUAUUAGCGUUGUGUCUAAUAGCUGUCUGCAGAUCUGCCGAGGAAGAAUACGACUACGACGACGAGCCUGCUCCUGCACCUGUUACACCUGCACCUGCGAGGCCACCAGGUCGAUUGGGAGGACUGCUAUCUCCUAGAGGAAGAUCUCCUGUUGGACGAAAACCAGUAGCUUCGUCGACGACCGCAAAACCCACCGAGGAGCCGAUCGACGACGAAGAAGAAAGUGAAGAACAAAUUGAAGAUGGCCAGGAACAGGAAGAAAUUGUUACGACCACGACCGAAGCUGCAAAGAAGAUCAGGGGCGGCGUCAGACCCUUCAGGUCAAACGAUGAUCUCUUGGCAGCCCUGAAGAGAAGAAGAGCCCAAGUGGGAUCCAGCCAAUCCCGCGAUUCCUCUCACAGUCCUGCAGAAUCUACAACCUCGAAGCCAAAAACAACAUUGAAUGGUCGCAGUAAAAAUACCGCCCACGGAGAUUCUUCGUCGAGGCCGACGAGUCGUGGAAGAUUUGGAGCAUCGCGUGGUUCGAAACCAGUCCAAGAAGAAGUCGAAGAAACCCAACAGGAAGAGAUCCAAGUUAAGCCGAAGUCAUAUCGUAGGGGUUAAACGUGAAAUUACAGCAUAUAUAAUCGCUGUUAAUGCACGACUUCGUCGUAGGGACUCGCGUUGAGAUUGUAAAUCAAAAUUUCGAAAAUCUCGGAUGUUCCACUCGCGAGAUUUCCCACACUUGACUCCUCGUCCGUAAUCAUAGAGAAUGGUAUUGUUUCUAUUUUUUUUCCUUUUUUUUUUCAUCGUAAACAGAUGAGGUAGCAACUUUGCAAGGCACGUUAAGUUUAUACGCGCAUUGCACGCGAGACUUCGUUAUACUUUCGAUUUGCAGUUGCGUUUCAAAAUUCACUUGUUGGCACGUGGUACUUUAAUUUCUAAUUAACCGUCGCACUUCA